UCAGUGAAGUAUACGCUCAAGUCACGUGACUGUUGUACCUCUUCGACCAAAACACCGAUGAUCCUGCAAACCCUGUCAACAAAAACAACCACAACAACUUUCUCAGCAUCCACCGAGCAAACUCUGAAGUUACAGCAAACCAUCACUCACCUGUCCGGUAGACAGGCCGUCUCAAUGCAUUACAGAGGACCGAAAACACCGAGGCGAUUAUGGACGUGUGCGAUUUGUUUAGUAGUUGCAGAAAGGGCGACAUUUGUAGAGUCAGAUACCUUGUUGAACAAAGAGAUGUGGACCUCAAUGUAAGAGAUAAAUGGGACAGCACUCCUUUGUAUUAUGCCUGUCUCUGUGGUCAUGAGGAGCUGGUCCAGUACCUGUUGGCUAGUGGUGCCAAGUGUGAAGCCAACACAUUUGAUGGCGAGAGAUGCAUGUAUGGCUCGCUGAGCGACUCUGUCCGACGCCUGCUAAAAGAUUAUAAGUGUGUAAGCAUCCGUGCCAUGCAGCGGGAUGAUUUCAACUACUUUCUGCACAUGUUGUUGGAACAAGGUCAGCACAGUGACGUCAAGUUCCUGGUUCACGGACAAACAUUUCUGGCCCACCGAUGUGUUCUCAGUGCUCGCUCAGAAUACUUCACUGAAAUGUUUGAGACCAAAUGGAAAGGGAAGAACUUGAUCACCCUCAAACAUCCUUUGAUCAAUCCUGCUGCAUUUGGAGCCAUACUACAAUAUUUUUACACAGGACGGAUGGAUAUUGAUAUAAGUCUCGUGGAGGACAGUAGGCGACUGGCUAAACAGUGCAAAAUGGCAGAUCUCAUAGAAGAGCUGGAGAAUAAAUGCAAACAAGUGUAUGAAUUUGUGUCCAAUAAACCAGGAAUCUGUGUGAAAGUUCUCACCCUCGAGCCUCACAGCUGUCAACUUCAGGAGGAGAUGGCUCAGUUAGCAGACUGUGCGCUGCCCACUGAACUAAGGGUUGGAUUUGGUGAGCUUCCCUUUAACAGAGUUGACCAUUUUCCUACUUAUCCCGACAUCUGCUUCAGAGUUGGCGGUUAUGAUUUCUUGUGUCAUAAGCUAAUGAUGGAGAACGUGUUUGAUGUGCUGUGUGUGGCUGACAUGUAUCUGCUGCCGGGCCUUAAGCGUCUUUGUGGGAAGACGCUGGCUAAGACUAUAUGCGAGGAAAACGUUCUGCACAUGUGGAAGAUGGCCAAGCUUUUCCGUCUCUCCCGGCUGGAAGAUCAGUGCACAGAGUUCAUGGCCAAGAUAAUUGAGCGGCUGGUGGAGCAAGCCGAGUUCGCCGAGAUCAUCAAAGAGGAUGCUGCAUCAUUAGAGGAGCGUCAGGAGACAGACUCCGUCCCCUUGGUGGACGACAUCCGCUACCACAUCGCGAGCAACGUGCAGACGUACAGUGCGAUCGAGGAGGCUAAUCAGAAACUGGAAGCCUUGGAGGAGCUGCUGUCAAGAAUUAAUAUUGACUGCUGAGGGUUCUGCAGGUUUGUGGUGCAGCUCCAGUGAAGGUUGAAGGUUUUAAGAAUGGCAAUAUUGUGAAGGGAUAACAAGCACUUCUAAUAAGAAACAUGAAAAA